GAGCAGCAAAGAGCUGCUGUUGCAGGCCGGGAGUAUCAUUUUUUAGAAGGUCCUCAUCGAGGGCUCCAUUAACUCCGUGCGUGUCAGCAUAGCGGUGAAGCAGGCCGAUGAGAUCGAGAAGAUCUUGUGCCACAAAUUCAUGCGCUUCAUGAUGAUGAGAGCCGAGAACUUCUUCAUCCUGCGCAGGAAGCCCGUGGAGGGCUAUGACAUCAGCUUCUUGAUCACAAACUUCCACACGGAGCAGAUGUACAAGCACAAGCUGGUGGACUUUGUCAUCCACUUCAUGGAGGAGAUCGACAAGGAGAUCAGUGAGAUGAAGCUCUCUGUCAAUGCCAGGGCCCGCAUCGUGGCAGAGGAGUUCCUCAAGAAC